AUGUUCCUUGAUUAUACCCCUGGUCUCAAAGACCCCUUUAACCAAACUAAUACUGAUGGACCAAUAAAACUAGUUCAUAUACGUAACCACCAACGUAACGGACGUAAAAGCGUGACAACUGUCCAAGGCCUUGAAGAAAGCCUUGACCUAAAGAAAAUGGUGCGCGCAUUGAAGAAGGAAUUCUCGUGUAACGGAACUGUGAUAAUGCACGAAGAACAUGGAAGCAUCAUACAACUCCAAGGCGACAAAAGGCAGGACGUUGUCAGGUUUCUCGAACGCGAAAAUCUAGUUACUCCAGAUCAAAUACGUAUCCACGGAGCAUAA